AGGCUAAAAGUCAGCACUCAACACACACAGCUCAGACCUGACCUCCUGACAAUUUCUGAAGCCAUGUCUACACAAAGCACUAGUGUAGUGUUGCUGAUUGGGACCAUUGUCAUCGUGUCCCUCAAGAAACCUGACUGCACAGCUGUGAAGGCGGAUUACGACGGCUUUAAACUGUGUGUUACGUCGAGGCGAGGAAUGGAAGAUCUUUCCCAUCAAAAUCUGACAGAUGUUCCCUCAAAUCUUUCCAACAACACGCAGUAUUUGGAUAUUUCCCACAACUUCAUCCAAAGUCUGAAUGAAGCCCAGUUUUCCAGACUGUUCCAGCUGUGUUUUCUGAAGGUAACUCACUGUGGUCUGCAGGAGAUUUCUCCGACUGCGUUCAUUCACACACCGGCACUCAAAGUUCUCAACAUAUCUCACAAUGACUUACGUUUUGUCCCGGACAUUUCAGUGAAAAAGCUUAAAAUUCUUGAUUUGGGGAACAAUCUCUUCACAAGCUAUCGAAUACCAGAAUCAUUUCAGAAAUUAUCAAGUCUGGAUUUGCUGUCAAUAGGUAGCACAGCUGCUCUGUCAGUCAGCUACAACGACUUUGAUCCACUGAUGAAUGUACACGUAGAUCAUCUGGUUUUGGGAGGAGGACUUUACUGGCAAAAUUAUGAUUCUGGUUCUCUUGCCAAAUUGAAGUCCCUCCAAAAAGUUUCCAUUCAUGCAUCUUUUUGUGGAAAUUUCAGAAUGUUUGAGAAGCUCCUCGUGGAUCUGAAUGUGACUCAAGCAAAAUCGCUGAGAUUCAUUGCUUUAUUUCCAGACAGCUGCCAUGUGGAUGGUGACCCCUUUAAAAACCUCAGAACAAUGCCGUUUAUACAGAAUCUCACCAUAGAAAACACUUGGAUAAACAGCUCUUUUAUGGAAGUGUUUCUCAAGAAUGUGUGGCUCUCCUCCCUCUAUGACCUCUCAUUCGUCAACAUGACCUAUAAUGAAGAUACACCAGAUGGGUUUCAGUUUCUCACCAUUAAUCACACAAUCAAUCUUUGUUCAAUUACCUUCAGCGGUGUGAAUCACUAUCAAUACAAAUAUCCUACUUUCAACAUGAGCUUUGAAGCUGUCUCAAGACUGACCUAUUUAAAGUUUUCUGGCAGUGGAAUGAACAUUUUACCCUGCAGAGUCAUGUCUGCCUUGCCGUCAUUGGAAACGCUCGACCUCUCGGACAACCUUCUGACAGAGUCGGGGUUCUGGUGGUUUAUGUGCAAACACACCUCUGUCUUUCCCAGACUGCGGAGGCUCUCUUUAAGCAAGAAUCGUUUCAGCAGUCUUUCCUUUAUCUCUCAGAAGAUGCAUGAGAUGAAAACUUUAGAAUCUCUGGACCUUAGCUUCAACUCUAUCUACCUCGACGGGGACUGCUCCUGGCCUGCUUGGAUGACUGAACUCAAUCUGGGAAACAACAACCUGGGCAACAGUGUCUUCAGAUAUCUGUCAUCAAACUUUGAGAAGCUUGACUUAUCAAAGACAGGAAUAACAGCCAUAACUCAAGAAUAUCUGUCUCACCUUCCCAAGCUAACAUACCUCAAACUCAGCUCCAACAGCAUUCAAGUUAUCCCUGCAGAUCUCAGCCUCCCCACUCUGCUCAGUCUCCACAUAGAUCAGAAUGCUCUCACAUCUAUAUCCAGGGAGGCCUUGGCAGGGUUCUCCAAGAUUCAGACCCUUAAAGCUGGAGGCAAUCCAUUUGUCUGCUCGUGUGACUCUUAUUGGUUUGUUGCUACUCUCAACAAGUCUUUGCUCUUGGACUGGCCGUUGGAUUAUACCUGCAGUACCCCACCAUCAUUUGCAGGCUUGUCACUGUCAGAGUUCAAAACCAGUGAGCUGUCAUGUGAGGCAGGGCUUCAAGUUGCAGUUGCUUUGCCUGUGAUGAUAGUUAUAUCUGCUGCCAUUGGUCUGGUUUUCUAUAAAUGUGAUGGAGUCUGGUAUACCAAGAUGUUGUGGGUCUGGAUCAGGAUGAAGAGGAGAGGCAAGAAAUGCUCCAACAUACUGAAGAACGCAUCAUUUGACUAUCAUGCGUUUAUAUCCUACAGUCAUCAGGACUCUGAUUGGGUGGACAGCCAACUGCUGCCCUCUAUGGAAGGUGCUGGAUUUUCCCUUUGCGUCCAUGAGCGAGACUUUGUCCCUGGUGAAUGGAUAAUAGACAACAUUAUCAACUGUGUGGAGUCCAGCUAUAAGACACUGUUUGUCCUUUCCAGACAUUUUGUUCAGAGCGAAUGGUGCAACUACGAGCUGUUCUUUGCCCAGCACAGAGCCAUCAGUGUCCAGCGGGACUCUUUAGUCUUCAUCUUAUUGGAGCCCAUUCCAACAGACUGUAUUCCCAAGAAAUUCUUGAGACUUAGAAGCAUACUGAGGCAGCAGACAUACCUGGAAUGGCCAAACAAUGAACGGAAGCAGCAGGUUUUCUGGAAGAGUCUAAAAUCCAUGCUGCACAUGGCAGACAGAUCCGUUGCUCUGAAGGAUGCGGCAUUGGGCAUUUUAGAUCAAGUACCUCUGCUCACAGACAACAUGUAGGAGGGCAAGAUAUAAAUAAAAGUCUUCAAUAAGAUAUAAAAGUCUAUGUGAAAGCAAUACACACAUAUUAAUAUGUACAUUAAAUGACUUUUAUUGCUCUAAGUGUUCAUCCUGCUCAUACCAGACAUGGAGAGUUUUUUUUCCAAAUGCAAUCACAACAGAAAAAAUCCUCAGCUGUCUCUGUUUAAAAAGAACAAAACGCUCUCCAGCUAUAACUCUCACUAAGAAAUCUCUCUGACUUCUGAACUUUCACUAGUGAUAUCUAAUUAGACACAUUAAUAACUGAUAUUAUAACUGGAGAUAUUUUGCAUUUGAAAAAUCUGCAAUAAGUCGUUUCGUAAAACUUAACAGCAAAACAAAACGAGUUGAUGGGCAUUGAGCUUAUUUUCGAAAGCAUAUUAAUAAAAUUCGUAUAUUUGAUGUUUUCACUAGUGAUGAGUUUUUGUAAAAUGGUGGUACAGAAUUAAAAUGGUUGUCCAAUCAGAGCAAACACAAAAAAGUGCUGUCUGUCAAAAAUAUAAUAAAAUAUCAUGAAAAUAUGAAUAGAAUUAUAAGGAGUUCAGGAGUACCAAAUAUUUAAGUAAUGCAGUGUUUUUGCAGAGCAGAUGAACGUAUAACUGGUUCUGCUGUGUUCCUCUGGUCAGAGCUUUGAACUGAAGGAAAUGUCGCCACCUGCUGUUUGUAAUCAGAAGUUACAACAUGCACCAAGGAAUGAGCUGCAACAAGGCUGUAUUCACAAACAGAACGUUUCACUUUUUGAAACUAUUUCUUUUUAUAUAACAUUAAUUGAAAUUACAAUCCAUGAUAGCUGUACCAGUCUGAUGCUCCGUGUUCAUAGAAAAACAAGCAUUUGUAUCUAAAGGUCUAUAAUGUAUAUUAAGCUUUGCUGCCUGUUACUAAGUCAUGUCACUGCUCGUAAUGUUUUAGUGUGACAUUUUAAUUUUUGCAAGUUGUAUGGUUCAGUCUUUAGUAGGGCUGUGUAAGAAUUUAAAAGGGAUGUUUUAAGAAUUGAUUAUGCUUUUUUGUUUUUGCAUAAAUCCUUUGAUUGUAUGAAUUAAGCAUUUGAAUGUACAGAACAUAUUUUACAUCUGAAUUUUCUAUAUCCACACUGCGUUGUGUAAUAAUUGCAAAUGGAAUCAUUUCAAAGUAUCUGUAAAUGUCUUGAGUGGCUGUUUAUGUGAUUUGUAGAGAAGUGUUCUCAUGUUACACAUAAAUCUUUGCAAAUGUGCUAAAUGUGUUUACUGUCAGCUCUGUCUUCAGCAGUCAGUGCCUUCACUCUAGGGUUAUGUGGUACUACUUUGUAUAACCACACUGGCAUUACGAGCUUGAACUAAUGUCGAUGCUAAUCUUAAUAUGCCAUAUAUCAAUACUGUUUAUAUCAGCUGUUGUUGUUUAUUCAUUUAGUCACAGCCAUCGUUUUGUACCACUGCUGUGCUGCCAAGUUGUGAACAAAUAAUAUUUAUCCUUCUGACAUUUGACAUCAUUUACAACUUACAGACUAAAGGGUGUUUUAAUAGAAGCUCAUAUUUUUAUAUCAGUAAUUUUACAAAAAUAUGAAAUGAAAACCCAACUAUAACCUGGCUUUAGUGGCCCCUGUUCUCUUUUAACUUUUGUUAAUUAACCCUAACACCGUGGUCUGGUGACAAACCUCACUCAUGUUGCAGACAACUGGGUUAGUUACUAUCAGAGCCAUUGAAAGACAGAGUUUCAUCAUCUCCAUUCACUCCAGUGCACUGACUGUCAAAGAAAGAUGGACGUAACACUCAGCCCUGAAACCUGAAACCAGAAUAGAAGUGUCAAAACCUGCAAUACCCUGAGUGUCAUGAAAAGCUGGCUCCAAAAAGUUCUGGCUCCGGUGGACACCAAUUGAAAACACACAUCAGGAGAAUUCAAGGAAAGACAUUUUUUCCACAGGUCAUUUUUUUUUGCCAAAGCCAGAGUUGUGGUGGUUCAUCUGAAAAUAGUUAUAUCAUAAUUAAAUAUAUGAAAAAAAUAUAAAUAAAUAUAUCAAAAUGUUUAUAGUAGUUUACUGUAUUUUUACAGCGUCACAGUUAACUGUGUGGACUUUAACAUUUCUAUGUCAGUAGCAUUUAUCUGGCAGCGCAGUGACAUCACCAAAGAGACAUCUGACUGGUCAAGAAACAUCCACAGGACACAAAUCUUGAGGUUUAAAACAAUGACAUCAACACAUCUCACUGAUAUUGAUUGUUUUGACAGUAAUUUAUUGUAACUGAGAGAAUCUGAGGCCAAAGCCACACUCUAAAAAAAUGAUUCAUGGGGUUAGCAGGUUAAACUUAAAAUCAUGUGACUUUUAAGCAUAAAAAAUUAAGUUUGUUACAUGUAUAUGUUUUAUUACACUGGUCCAAUCGCAUCCCUGAGUCUCCAGAAUUCUCCAGAAUUCUCAGCCAAUCGCCUCCUCUCCUGCCCGGAAUUCUCCAUCUUUUCACGACCAAUCGAUAUCGAGAAUGCCCAGAAUUCACCCAGCGACCAAAGAGAGUGCGAGAGCGCCCCUCGUGACUCCCUGCCCCCCAGACACCCCCAGACACCUGUACGUAAACUUUUCCAUAUCAAGGUAAGACGGUAUUAUUUUCAUAUCCGUAAUUAUUACAAGAAAAAAACCAAAACAAAACACAGUGGCAUCCUUCGGUUGUUACAGCAGACAGCCACUUAUUUUUCACUUUCGUUUUUACUAUUAAUUGUCUUAAAAGUCUUUAUAUGUGACUGUCAUCUUGUUAGUUCUUUACUUUAUCUCUGUUAUGUGUGUCAGUUAAAUACAUACAAAUGUAUUUAUGACCACAUUAUGUCAAGUCUGUGACAGGUACGUCUUUUCAUUCAUGGCUGUGUAGUUAUUCAUCUCCUCUUCAGUAUGUCUCCAUGAACACAUGGUUUAUCGGUUCAUCUCCACUGUGACAGUCCACCGUUAUGCUGCCACACACAUUAGUCACUACGUUUAUUAUAACGCUGCAGUGUCGUCUGUACCGGUACCGGUACUGUCCCGGUAAUAAUCUUACAGUCCGUUCAGGGCAGCGUUUUAUCGUUCAUGUGUUCUGGGGCUGCAGACUACCGCCGGCAUUAACACGGUCACUGCUUGUGGAUGAAUAUCGUCGAUAAGCUUGUCAGUCAUUCAUCUUUCGUUACGUUACUGAACUACUUCAUGUGUAACUACGGUGGUGCCUUCACAUGAUGUUGAAAAUACAGUUUACAGCAACAUAAGCGGGUUUUUUUUUGAGCUGCAGUUACUUUAACAGUGUUUUUCUACUGUAACUUUUUAAUGCUGUCAUAUUAGUUAUUAUUACCCUUUUUUUUAGCUUAUGCACCUAUGAAUAAUAAUGACACCAAUAUAAUACAUAUUAGUAUACGUAGUAGUUAUAAGUUCUGGCUGGUCCAUUUGGUGUAACUUGUGCUUUUCUUCUCUGUUGAUGGUGGAUGGCUUCCAAACAGAAGACACAGAGCGAUGGCAGAUGAGGAGUGGGUUUGCUGCUUCUGGGGUUUGGCCCUCUGAGGCAGGAAACGGACCAGCACCACGCCAGAAAAAGUGGCAUGACCCGUACCUGAAGAUAAAACUGGACAGAAUAAUCAGCAAUAAUUGUGCGGUUAUUAAGGAUAAAGUUAAUCAAACUAAAAGCGGAAAACAUUGUAAUGAUAUACUCAGAUUGUUUUCUAGAUUGAGAAAUGUCCGAUGCAGCUGAGGGGACAGUCAGCUCUGUUUGGAGAGACGCUGACAUGUAGCUGCGGUUUCCAUGCAAAGAAGCCUUCCAGCUCUGUCCCUGUCCCAUCUGCUGGGACUCCACCACCAGGCCCAUCAGCAGCAUCGUCUGGCCAGACUGCUCGGAAGCCUUCUUUGACUUUGGCAUUUUAGGAUGUUACAGUCCCACAAGUCCCUGCACCAACAGUGACUGCACCUGCUGGCCCUUCUCCUAUUGCUCCUACAGGCCCUCUUCCUUCUCCUCCACCUACUGGCAGGGCUUACAACCGGACUGUGGAGAAAAACAAAUGUGAUCAGUGCCACCAGCCCCCACCAAAGAAAGUGGGCACAGCCAGUGUUAUGGUCACAUGUGCUGCCCACAGAAUGCUGGUUUCCACUUGACCAGUGGAAGGAAGAGAUGCGCCGGAAGAGGGCCAACCACGAGUGGAUUCUGUGUCCUUACCUACAAUUGUAAAUAGUUUGAAAUAGGGCAGCAAAAAUGUUGUUUCAGCAUUGCAUGUUGGUUUUAGUAUUUCUCUGUAGACCUUGUUGCUGAAGACAGCUUUUCAAAGAUGCUCUAAUUGUUUUAUAUCAUGUUGUUGUAGCUUGUAACCCUGUUGUACAUAAGUAACUGUAUUUCUUUGUGUGAUACCAACAUAAUCUGUACCUUUUGCAAUAAAUCUGGCCUUUAUUUCUGCA